UUUUGUAUGUUUAAUCUGUGGCAAUGGUAGCUGGAAAUCAUGUCUCUUUCAGUUUCAGUAGUUUCAACUAACCAAUGCAAGCUAGUACUAGUAUGUUUAAACAGUCUUCUCUUAACAUGCUUCUUUCAUUCCUUUUUUCACAUCUGAGUGCCGUUGACUAAACAAUCAAAGCUUGGAAUUGUUGCAAUGGCAGAAGCAGUGGUGUCAAUUGCUCUCGAAACUAUCCGUGAUUUGCUCUUGGAAGAGGGAAGGUUUUUAGCUGGUGUGGGAAAUCAAGUGAAAGAGCUCCAGUCGCAGCUCAAGGAGAUGAAGUGUUUCCUCCAAGACGCUGACAAAAGACGUCAUGAAAGCAGUACCAUCUCCAAUUGGAUCUCCGAGAUCAGAGAUCUCGUCUACAGAUCCGAAUCCGCCAUUGAAAGACAUGCAGCUUAUCAAGUUUCUUCAAGGAGAAGAGGCCUCAAGCAGUUCGUCCGCAAAUAUUCCUGCAUUUUGACAGAUUGCUACUCACUCCACCAAUUAGGGUCCGAGAUUUCACAAAUUACAUCAAACCUGGAGAGAAUAAAUAAGGAUAUGCAGGAAAAAGGCAUAACACGGUGCAUACUCAUCAAUCCGAAAGGAGAGGGGGAAAACUCGACUGGAAACAACAUGUCAAGGAAGAGUUUCCCCAAUUUGGAGAUGGGAGAUUGCUUCCUAGGCAUGGAGGAUGAGGUGGAGCAGCUUGUUCAACUCCUAGGGAAAGACACAGAGGAUCGGAUUAUAUCAGUGUGGGGAAUGGGAGGGUCAGGCAAGACCGCAAUUGCCAAGAAGCUCUACAACGAGACGACCGACUUUGAUCUCUCUGCGUGGGUUUGCAUUACUCAGCAAUGUAAGAGUCGAUCAGUUUUGGAGGAUAUUCUGAGGCAGCUAGAGAAGAAGAGGAGUAUUUCAAGUCUGAGCCAUGAGCCACAAAUCAGGGCGGAGGUUCCAAGUCUGAGCAACUCAGAGUUGGUUGAGAGACUAUGUGAUGUACAAAGAGAGAAGCGAUGUCUCAUAGUUUUGGAUGAUCUUUGGGAGCUUUCUCAAUGGGAGGAGUUGAAGCAUCCAUUCGUUGUCCAAAAUUUGCAGAGCAAAAUAUUGGUGACAACACGGGAACAAAAGGUUGCAGAGAUUGGAUUGGCAGUGAAACAUGGGCUCUUAAAAAUGGAUGCUGCUUUGGAACUACUCAAAAACAAAGCAUUUCAGCACAGAAACAAUCCAGACUUUGCAUUGGCAAAAAGAUUUGAAAAAAUUGGGAAAGAAAUGGUACAUAAAUGUGGUUAUUUGCCAUUGGCAAUUUGUUUACUCGGUGGGGUUUUGAGAGAGAAAAAAUCGAUUGUUGAGUGGGAAUCAGUAAAUGAGAACAUCAAAGUAGCCAUAUAUGGAGUUAAAGAGGAGAUUGAUGGAGUGCUAAAUUUAAGCUAUGAAAGUUUACCCUAUUAUUUAAAGCCUUGCUUUCUCUAUAUGGGUAUAUUGGGUGAGGAUGAAACCAUAGAUGCUUCUUUUCUAUAUAGCAUGUGGAUAGCACAAGGCAUGAUUUCAUAUGAGAAUAUUGGAGACAAGGAGGACACUUUAAUGGACAUCGCUGAGCUGUACUUAAGUGAGUUAGCCUCCAGGUCCAUUGUUGAAGUUGAAAUUAGUCUUGAUUAUGGUGUCGGAAAUAAAAAAUAUGGUAAAUGCAAACUUCAUGAUGUAGUAAGAGAACUAUGUUUGAAAUUGGGAAAAAGGGAGCAUUUUGGUGUGCAGAGUUUGGAGUAUAAAGGUGGGAAACUUAGUACCUUACUACGGGAAGCUUCGUCGCAUAUGAAGAUACAACAUCUGCGAAUAUAUUUCAACAAUGAAGUCGAGCAAGAGAAUAUAGUUGCUUGUGGAGAAGAUACUAGGAAGCAUAUCAGGUCUGUUCGGUUAUCCAAUCUCAUAGAGUCGAACGUUGUUGAGUUCCUCCGCCCACGAAGUAUAUUUGAUUUUCAGAAAUUCAAUUUGUUAAGAGAACUAGUUAUCGUGAGAUUCAAAUUUGCAGGAAGGAAGUUACCGAGGGGAAUCACUAAACUUGUUCACCUUAGACGUUUGCGUUUAUAUGAAUGUGAACUUGAUAAGCUACCCUCUUCCAUGAGGAAUUUGGUAUAUAUGGAUACCCUUGAUUUAACAGGUUCAGCGAAUGUUGAAGUUCCAAAUGUUUUUAAGGAGAUGUUGCGAUUAAAGCACUUGAUUCUUCCUAUCUAUCCAAAUGAAAACAUUAGAAAUUAUCGACUAAGAUUGGAUGUGGGAGUAUAUGAGUUGGAGACUCUAGCAUUCUUUGAUAGUAGAUGCCAUGAACUUAAAUGUAUGGACAGAAUGAAGAAUCUCCAACUUUUUAUAGCAACAAUAUACGAUAAUGAAAGCUUGUCAGCUAUCAUGAAUGGUAUAUUGAAUUGGAACAAGAUACAGGAUUGUCAUGUAACCAUUCGAGGAAGUUGCGACUUAGCAAGUGAGGGAAUGCUGGAGAAGGCUUUGACAUGUCCCAAUCUUUAUCAAUUGAGUAUUGUAUCUGAAUCAGUGAAGGCGCUAGCAAAGUGCGAGAGUGAUUUGUUGAGCUCCAAAGUUAAGUGUUUGAAUCUGUUUCGUUGUGAGAUUGAGGAUGAUCCAAUGGGGAUACUUGGAAAGCUUCCUUGCUUGAUAAAUUUGCGAUUAUAUCCAGAAUCAUUUGUUGGGGAGGAGAUGAGGUGUCCAGCAAACAGUUUUCUUCGUCUCAAGAAGCUGGUAUUAAGAGGUUUACCAAAGUUGAGGGAGUGGAGAGUGGAGUCAGGAGCCAUGCCCCUUCUCUCUGAAUUAACAAUCGGAGAGUGUUCUUGUUUGGAGAUGGUUCCAGAGGGAUUGAGUGGCAUUUCUACCCUUCAGACUCUCGUAAUCGAAAAAAUGCCGCAAAUGAGAGAAAGGGUGAUAGGACAGGAUUUCGUGACGGUCCGCCAUUUCCCUUCAAUUAUCAUCAAGGAAUAGUCUUCACCAGGUGAAUAACCACCUUUCUCUAAAGGGUACAUUCCUUGGUAAGGUUAUAAUGACUCUCUAAAUCUUUGUAAGAUUGUUUCGCCUUGUAUAUUUUUUUCUUCUUUUGUUGCAGGUUAAAUUUCCUCCCCUUCUUGCUUCAGUUGCAUUGUUGUAUUUCGCCUUGUAUUUUAUUUUAUAAGUAAUUGUUUGUAAUCUCGGUAGUUUAAAGUUGUGUAGUGUGGGUUAAUAACAUAGUACUAAGGAGUGUUUGAAAUGAUGUUGUGCUUGAAUUGAAAUUGAUGGUUUGUAAGAACUCAAAUGUUGAAAGUGAAUUGUUGUAUA